AUGAGCGCAUCAAGGCCCAAGAGCAAGAGGGUCAUACCUAUACCCCAAUCAUCAGUCCAUCCGAAGCUUAUUCCAAAGUCCAGUAAAGCUGCUACUACAAGUGGCAAGAGGAAUGGAGUCAAAAGACAUGUCCCACCUCCACCGAGUGCAGAGGUAAUGUCUCUAAUGGAAAAAGGCAAAGCCAAACAAACCUCCGCUCCUCGUUCUGUCCCAUCCGCACCUCAAACAGUAUCUUCCGACGAUCCAGACGAUGAUCUCGAAGAGGUUCCUAUCCCUUCAGCGGCCGGUCCUUCCUCACCCUAUCCAGGUACACCUAAUACAGCUGGAACGAACUUCACUCACGGGACUACACCAGGUACAAAUACCACGGCCCCUAGUAUAGAUUAUGAUUUUGAGGGCUAUGGUGGAGACAGCGGAAAUGACAGUGGGGAAGAUGAGGAUGACGGGGUAAUCCAUCUUGAAAUAGGUGGUGAAACCGCAGAAGAAAAAGCCAAGAGAAUAGCUCUUGCCAUGCGGAAGAAACCGAUCACGUCGAAGGAUCGAGCUAUUCGACUGGAAGUGCAUAAAAUGCAUGUUAUAGCUCUUUUAGCUAGUACACGAAUACGGAAUAGAUGGUGUAGCAAUACUCUACUUAAGGCACGACUGCUAUCCCUCCUCCCCCAUCCAUUACAAACCGCUUUCAGUAUCCCUCCUUCGCGUUUUCCUGAUCGAGCUCAACGAUCCCGUUUAUUCUUCGAUGCCUUACAAGACUUAGUCAUCUGGUGGUCCCAAUCGUUCUUUGAUAUAUCUGAUACCACUCUAGGGAUGCGUACGCGUCCAUGGGAUGAGGUUCAAGAAAUCAUCGAUCAGCUUCCCAAGCUUACUAGGGCUGAUUUGACUCCAGAUCAUUUCAUCGCAAGCUCAAAAGACAAGGGCAAAGAGAGGGAAGAUGCAUUGGAGGCCAUGUCUGUAGGAGCUGGAGCUGAGAAACUGCGCUCUGUGAAUAGUCUAAUGAAGAAAGCUUUACAGCAGGAAGGAUCACGCGAUAUAUCCGCUCAAUUGUUCGUUGCUCUAGCUCGAGCUUGCGGAUUGGGGGCGAGAUUGGUGGUGUCCCUACAAGCUGUUCCAUGGCGUGCAGAAAAGGUGGUUCAGAAGAAGAAGCCUGGUGCAGGACGCGGUGGGCGUACUGUAGCUAGUAGACAAGGGAUGGGACCGACUUCCGAUGAAGAAGAGGAUGAAGAAGAUGAAAUGGAAGAAGUACCGAUACCUGGUGGCGAAGAGAAGAAAGAUAGGAAGAACAACAUCAGAGCUGCCGGAACGAGAAGACUACAGGAUCCCACGGACUUGUAUAGAUUGAGGGCUCCGAAACCCGCUCCACAAACAGUCGGAAGGCCGUCAAAACCGAAAGGUAAAAUAAAGCAAGAUCUAUCCGAGCAACCACCGGUCUUCUGGGCAGAAGUCUUCAGCCGUUCUGAUCAAAGGUGGAUACCGGUCGACCCAGUAAGAGGAACAAUAAGGAAGAAAACCCAUUAUGAGCCCAACUCGGACAGUGGACUGAUCAGGAUGGUCUAUGUAGUAGCAUACGAGGAAGAUGGGUUUGCUCGAGAUGUCACUCUACGAUAUACAAAGAACUUUGGCGCCAAGACUACCAAGCUUCGAGUACCAGCUCGGAAGGAUGAACAAGAUUGGUGGGAGUCUGUCAUGGGUUUUUUGAGUCGACCGUAUCGUCUGAACCGAGACGAACUGGAGGACGCGGAACUAGAAACAAGCCAAAUUUCCGAAGGUAUGCCGAUGCAUAUGAGCGGAUUCAAGGAUCAUCCCAUAUACGUACUGGAACGUCAUUUGAAGCGGGAAGAGAUCAUUCAACCGAAAAGAGAGAUUGGUCGCUUUAGAGGGGAGCCAGUCUUCAGACGCGCCAAUGUGUUGGCAUGUAAAACUGCGGAAACGUGGAUGAGAGUAGGAAGAAGAGUGAAAGACCGACAAGAACCCUUGAAAUGGGUGAAACAACGUGCGGUAACUCUUCAGAAAAGAAGAGCUCAAGAAUUGGCUGUCCAAGAAACCGGAGAAGCUCUUCAGCAAGGCUUAUACGCGGAGUACCAAACGGAGGUAUACUUACCACCACCUAUCAAGGAUGGCAUCAUACCGCAAAACUCGUUUGGAAAUAUCGACCUUUAUGCUCCUACCAUGUUACCUGCUGGAGCGGUGCAUUUGCCUUACAAGGGAAUUGCGAAGGUUGCAAAAUCUCUGGAUAUUAGUUAUGCAGAAGCAUGUACCGGGUUUGAGUUUAAAAAGCAGCGUGCGAUACCUGUCAUCAAUGGUAUUGUCGUUGCGAAAGAGAAUGAAAAUAUGGUGAUGGAUGCAUACGCUGAAUCAGCAGCUGCUGCUGAAGAGAAAGAGCGACUUAAGAAGGAAGAAAGGGCACUGAAACGCUGGGCCAAAUUGAUCAAUGGAUUGAGGGUCAGGCUAAGACUACAAGCGGAAUAUGGUACUGGAGAACAGCUUGAUGAAACAUCCGCUCUCAACCCACUGGCCGACCCUGUUACAGGACCUGCAGACACCAAGACUACCGGGAAGAAGUCGGCUGCGUCAGUUCUGGCUGCUGCUCACGAACAAGGAACGGCAAAUUGGACUGAAAAGCAUAGGGAAGAUUCUCCUAGUGUGAAAAGCGAGAGUGCAGAUGAAAACAAUGCGAUGCCGAUCGCUGAGUCAUCGAACGGAAAUGUAGAACAGGCUGUUGAAUCUAUAUUGAUAGAUGAACGAGUCGCGAAUAGUGUACAAGAAGGGAGCGAACCAAUUGAGGUCGAUUCGGAAUCUGACAUCGAGGUCAUCGAAGCACCUCCAUCUUCAGCUCGCACCACACGAAUCACGCUCAGAUUCAACGGUCAAAAUGGACAGAAAGCUCAACCGGCCCGUCGAACAACGAGGAAACGGAAAGCCACCGACUUGCCAGAUGAAGAGGAAUCGCAAUUGACUGAAGAGGAGGAAGAGGUAGUAAAGAGUAAAUCCAAGAAAGGCCAAACUAAACAAAUUGCGGUGCCAGCGAGGAGAAGUAGGAGUAAAGUGGUACCCCCUCCGGCAACGACGGGGGUCACGAGAAGCCUGAGAAGUAGAGCACCGAAAACUGCUCUUCAAGAACAGAAGGAAGAGGAGAGAAGAAAAAUAUUGCAAGAAGCUUUAGAAGAAGAUAGCGAUGUUGAGAUGGAAUGA